AUGGCGAUGGACAUCUUCAACCGCCCGCCUUCGAUCUCAGAGGACACAAUUCAGUACACCCUUUAUCCCCCUCCGGCACUAGCAGAAAAAUCAUCUACAACGACACUCGCAGCAUGCGUACAAGCAUAUGUCUCCGAGCUUUUGCCAAAUUUUCUCUGGCACAGAGACUCUUUCGAGGUCAAAGUCGCGAAAGACAUCGAUUCUGCCGCAGCUAGGGAUAACAAGUGGAUGCUUGAAGGGCGUAUGCGCGUCGGAGACUCCAUCGAUGACGAGUGGUGCGUUGUCUGGAUCCUACGGGAGAUCAGCAAGAAGUGGGAUUUUGCUAUCAGCGUGAUGGAUUCUGACGGGGAGUUUCUCCUCAUCGAGGCGGCCGAAGCCCUGCCUUCAUGGGUCAAACCGUCCAACUCCGAGAAUAGGGUCUGGAUAUACAGUGGCAUUUUGCACCUCAUACCUCUCCAACACAUAUCUGCUCCCAGUAAACCAAAACGAAGACGCAAAUUCCCUGGGUCUAAAGACAGUGAUGACGAAGGUGACAUUGUUGGCGAUGACCUUGACGAAUAUUUAGCCAUCGAUGACGCACUGAAGCUGGUCCGCGAUGCGACUGUCGAAACGCGUGCACCCCGUACAGUUGAGAAUACGGUAUGGCAGCGUACUUCUGGCUAUCCUGCAGCAACCAAAAGCCACGUGCAUACCACCAAAGCGUAUCUUCCGCUCGACAUUGCUCGCGCUUUAUCCGUCGACCCUUCAUUGGUACAAAAGCCUGUCGAGACAUUCUACACGCGUGAUGCCGUCCAACUACGAGCUGCCCAUCGCAUGACGCGGUUUCCUCCUCACUCUGUUGUGCUUACCACAGUCAAGUUGACAAGACCAGCUUAUGCCCAACUUGUUGGGCAAAAAUUCUUCCCUCCAAAAAUAUUCGGUUGUUUUAAGGAGCGCGAGGGCAAAGACACAGGUAUGAAGCUGGCUUGCGGUUUCGAAAUGAUCUACCAAGAGUCGAAGAGUCGUACUGACAUCACAAGUAAGACCAGUGAGGUGCUCGAGUCAUCGGCGGAAGCACGUAAAGAAGCACUUCGCCGAUCAUCCGACUAUAAAGCCUAUAUCACGAAUCUGGUUUCAACCGGCUACUUCCGGGGUGAAGUUGAAGACUCGCAGCUUUGGAAUGAACUGGAAAACAAAGCCGCUGAUGCAUUCAUUCAGGUUCGACAAGAGGACGACGCUACUCGUCCUUCAUUCGCAGCGCUGUUCAAUUCAGCGUUGUCUGCCGCCCCGGAAUACCUUGCCGAGAUGCCUGAUGAGAUUGAAGACUCGGAUGGCUGGAUGAACGUGGAUGCAGCCAACUUUGAUGACAUGCUGGAGCGGACGCGUUCCCAACCGCAGACUCAAGAGAUGGAUAUUGAUUCCACAGGUGAUGAGGCAGAGGAAAGGGUAGCCAAGGAACAAGCAAACAAAUUGCAGGACCUUGCAGCCAAGGUGCAGAAGUUUGUCGAAGGAGAAGGUGAUGUAGAGGGUGCCAGGUUUGAAGACCUUUCAGAAACUAAAUCUUCUGUUUCUAGCGACGAGGAUGAUGCAGACGAAGAAGAUGAAGAGAAUUUCAGUGACGAGAAAUUCUCGGACUCAGACGAUGAGGAUGAGCCAGUUGCAGACGAAGCUGCACGCCAAGAAGCGAUGGCGAAGCUUGUGCCUGCCCUUUCUGAGGCCGAGUAUGGACAGAUGCCCGCUUCAUUUAACACUCAGCGUGUCUCCAAAGUUACUAUUGAGACUGAAACAGUCGAGGAGACCGAUCCAGUUAAAACACAAUUUUCGGCCGCCGAACCCGCUUUAGAAAUUACGUCGCCAGCUCGCACUCGGUCUAUACGACCACCCAUCCUAACCGCGCGACGAGUACGAGGGUAUGAAGAAGAUAUCGAGUCAGAGGAAGACCGCCCGCAGGUCGUCGGCGAUGUUGAAGUUAACAUGGACGAGGAAGAAGCAGAGUUCCUGGAGUUUUCAAGGCAGGCUUUGGGAAUAUCUGACCAACAGUGGGGAGACAUUAUCAAGGAUAGGAAAGGACGAGGAGCCUUUGUUCCCACUAGCAUCACGGCGGAGAACACAACAUCUACCUCAACAAGAUCAUCGAACAAUAAAUCUGAUUCUUCCGCGCCUCCAGCACAGGGUCGGCAACCUGUCCCUGGCCCGAGACCGAAUGUGAAUCCGAAUCUGGAUUCCUUUGAAGCUGUCAUGCAAGCUAUGGAUGCCGAACUGAACCAGUCUCGCCAGACAGCACAGAAGAAGAAGAGAGGGAAGGACAAGGUUCCGACCCUCCCCACAGGCGACCCUGAAAUGUCCCCCGGCAAAGGCAAAUCUAAAUCGAAGUUAAUAGAUGAAGACGGUGAGGAGGACCUAGACAUCGAAGCUCAAAUGGAGGCCGAGCUCAAAGCCGUGCUCGAAUACGGAGAUGGAGAUAUGGAGGAACCUGACUCUGGCGAAGAAGAGGUGCCGAUGGACUACAACCUAAUCAAGAAUUUCUUGGAAAGUUUUAAGAGCCAAGCGGGUCUUUCUGGACCUGUGGGAAACCUUGCGGGUCGCUUGCAGCCAGGAUGGACAUUUCCAAGGGAUGAUUCAUGA